AUGGAGAUUGGAAAGAUCUCUUGGGAUGUUGAUGAAGCAACUGAAAAAAUUAUGGAAGUACUUGACACAAGUGGAGAUGGUAAGAUCGAUGAGAAAGAAUUCGCCAAAGGAAUCGUAACAUGGUUGACUAACACUUCCGAAAAUGGAACUCCUCGGUCCCAAGAUGAUAUUUAUCGAAGAACAUGGGAAGAAGCAGAUAAGUUAUUGAAGGAUGACAAAAGAAAUUUAGUUGACAAGUCAUCAUGGGCUUGGUUUAAGGCUGUAAUGUCUAUGGUGCUUGGAGUUAUAAUGCUAUCAGUCCUUGCAGAACCUCUGAUACAUAGUGUUCAAAAUUUCUCCAAGGAGGCAAGGAUACCAUCUUUUUUUGUCUCGUUUGUUUUAGUUCCGUUGGCAACCAACGCAAGAGCAGCCACCUCAGCCAUCACGACUGCCUGUCGUAAGAAGUCUAGAACAACUUCCUUGACAUUUUCUGAGAUUUAUGGUGGAGUGUUCAUGAACAAUGUUCUUGGCUUUUCUGUUCUUCUAUUCCUAAUUUACGCACGUGGAUUGACAUGGGAAUUCUCUGCUGAAGUUCUGGUUGUGCUAAUCGCAUGUGCUAUAAUGUGUCUUGCUGUAAGCUUUCGCUCCAGUUUCCCGUUAUGGACAUCAUUCAUGGCAUACCUCUUGUAUCCAUUAUCUUUGUUCCUUGUUUAUAUUUUCAAUGAUGUUCUCAAUUAUGUUUAG